AUGUCCGGGAAAUACUCCAACCCGGAAUGGGCCUCCAUCGAACCCAUCCCGUUCGACGACGGGUCGGGUUCUGGAAUUGCUCCGCUGGCGACGAUCGCGUAUUCCAAGGAUUACUUGGAGGCGACGUCUUACUUGCGUGCCGUUAUGGCUGUGAAUGAGAUGUCGGAGCGGGCGUUGAAGUUGACUGAGGAUGUGAUCUCGAUGAAUCCGGCGCAUUACACCGUGUGGAUCUACCGUGCAAAGAUCUUAUUUGCCCUUAACAAGGACCUGACCGAGGAGAUUACCUGGUUGAAUAAAAUCUCUCUGAAAUUUCUCAAGAAUUAUCAGAUAUGGCACCACCGCCAAGUCCUCAUGUCCUCAAAAUCACACUUCCCAACUCUCCCACCCAAGGAACUCGACUUCCUCAUGGAGAUGUUCGCACUGGACUCCAAAAACUACCACGUCUGGACCUACAGACACUGGCUGGUUCGACACUUCAAACUAUGGGACCACCCGCGAGAGCUCGAGGACGUCGAAUCCCUCCUCACAGCCGACGUCCGGAACAACUCCGCUUGGAAUCACCGGUUCGUCCUGCGCUUCGGACCCCGCGGCGAGGACGAGCCUGACGCCGGCAUGCCGAACGGGCAGGCCCCGCCUGAAGAGAAAGGAAAACUCGCCGUCGUCGACGAGGACCUGGUAGAUUCCGAACUCGAGUAUGUGAAGGGUAAGAUUGCUCUGGCGCCGGAGAAUAGGAGUCCCUGGGCGUAUGCGCGGGGAGUAUUUCGGGCUGCGGGACGGCCUUUGUCUGAGUGGAAGGGUUUCGUUGGUAAGUUUAUUACAGAUGUCAUGUCGGAGGAUGGGCCGGUUAGUGUUGAGGUGAAGAGUAGCCAUGCCGUUGAGUGGUUGGCGGAUGUAUAUGUUGAGGAAGUCCAGGCCUCUGGUAAUGAAGGGAGAGACGAGGCAGUGCGCAUGUUUACUCUCUUGAAGGAGAAGUAUGAUCCCAUUCGAAAGAAUUACUGGGAUUACAGGAUUCGCAUGGUUAUUGGCCAGCCUGAGGUUUCUGCGGCUGCAUGA